UGUUCCUUCAACUACAGACAGUUUAUGCGAGUGCUUUGAAAUGGCGUUGCUCCAUCACAAAUGUCUGUAUUUCUGAGUUGUUUAUAGUAACAGUGCUCAUGUAGUGGUCUUUUAAUCUUUUCAAACCCUGCAAUACACAUUUUGUGACUUAACCGACACACCCGGGUAUCAUUUGUGGGGGGAAAAGACAAUGCAGUAAGGGCUGUUUUUGAAUACUUUGCGCUGCAUAAUAAGGCCUCAUCGAUCCUCAGCCUUUCGUAAGGAUUUCAACCGAUUUCGAAUGCUUGGCCGGUGGCCCCUCUGCAGCAAUCGGACAGUUUAAAUCCCGGUGCCUAAUCAUGGCGAAUACAAUGCACCAUGUGUGACAGAAAGCAGUGGGCUAGGCACCUAUUCCAAGUGAAGUGACACAACACAGUUAACCUGUUACUGGCACUGCCCUGUGCUGCUUCAGUACAAACGCCAUUUGAACUAUAUAUAUUUUUUCAGCGCUCAAUGCAACCAUAAACUAAUUCUAAUUGCAAACUAGUGUCGUGCUUCCAUAUUCACAGAGUAGAUUUAAGCCUAACUGUCAGUCAGUUUACACUCCCAGUAUGGCGUCUGUUCCAGUGUAUUGCCUGUGUCGCCUGCCCUACGAUGUCACACGCUUUAUGAUCGAGUGUGACAUAUGUCAAGACUGGUUCCAUGGAAGUUGUGUUGGAGUGGAGGAAGACAAAGCAGCAGAGAUUGACCUGUACCACUGUCCCAACUGUCAGGUCACCCAUGGGCCCUCUGUCAGUUCCGCAGUGAGGAAGCGGCGUGGAGGUACCAAGCAGGCUGAUGCUGGUGGAAGAGACACUUCUGGUCGACCGGUAAAGACAGGCAGCCCGCAGUUUGUCAGGGAGCUACGAAGCCGCACCUUCCCAAGUGCUGAUGAGGUAUUGUUAAAGCCGUCGGGGGCCCAGCUGACAGUGGAGUUCCUGGAGGAGCGCUCAUUCAGUGUUCCUGUCAUGGUCCUCAGAAGGGACGGCCUGGGCAUGAACCUGCCCCCGGGGAACUUCGGAGUCAACGACGUAGAGCACUACAUCGGUCCGGACAGGGAGAUUGAUGUGAUUGACGUGUCUCGCCAAGCUGACCUGAAGAUGCGCCUAGGAGACUUUGUGGAGUACUACAACAGCCCCAACAGAGACAGAGUCCUCAACGUCAUCAGCCUAGAGUUCUCUGAGACCAGGCUGUCAAAUUUGGUGGAGACUCCGAAGAUAGUGAGGAAGCUGUCGUGGGUGGAGAACCUGUGGCCUGAGGAGUCAGUGUUUGAGCGGCCCAACGUCCAGAAAUACUGCCUCAUGGGGGUCAAGGACAGCUACACAGACUUCCACAUCGACUUCGGAGGUACCUCUGUCUGGUACCAUGUACUACGGGGUGAGAAGAUCUUCUACCUGAUCUCCCCCACGCCAGCAAACCUUGCCUUGUUUGAGCGCUGGAGCUCCUCGUCCAAUCAGAACGAGAUGUUCUUCGGGGACCAGGUGGACAUGUGCUACAAGUGCUCUGUCAAACAGGGGAACACGCUCUUCAUCCCAACAGGAUGGAUCCAUGCUGUACUGACUCCUGUGGACUGUGUGGCUUUCGGAGGGAAUUUCCUACACAGUCUCAACAUUGACAUGCAGCUCCGAGCGUAUGAAAUAGAGAAGAGGUUGAGUACAGCCGACCUGUUCAGUUUCCCAAACUUUGAGACUGUGUGCUGGUAUGUUGGCAAGCACCUGCUUGACACAUUCAGAGGUCUGAGAGAGAACCGCAGACACCCUGCUACCUACCUGGUCCACGGUGCCAAGGCCCUCAACAACGCUUUCCGCACCUGGACACGCAAAGAGUCGCUGACUGACCACGAGGUGGAGAUUCCAGAGACCAUUAAGACCCAGCAACUGGUCAAGGACCUGGCCAAGGAGAUACGACUGGUGGAGGACAUCUUCCAGCAAGGCCGCCCUGCGGCUCCUUUCACCUCUACACAGGGCUUCCCCUCGCCCCUCCCCAAAGCCUCCCCUCUAGCCAUCUCCCAGAGCCCUGGCCGCCCCCCGGGGAAGAAGAGAGGCCCCAAACCCAAGGAUGUGUCCCCCAGUCCCAAAAAGAAGGGCCAAAAGGGCUUAAUGAAAGAGGCAGGAGAGCUGGAUCUCCUGGAGAUCCACACCAAACACACACUGAAGAAAUGCCAAUCUGGUAACAAGAAAAACAAGAACAAGUUUGAGCUACCCUUGGAGGAGUUCCAGGGGAAAAUGAGCAAGAGCAAACUGAAGCUGGUGUUGACCAACGGCAAAAUACAGGGCAAGAAGGGUGGUCGUUCGGGCGGCAGUAACAGUGCCGGCCGUGCCCCUCACUUCCAGCACCAUGCUAUGGGAGGGUCUGCACUGUCAGACUUUGAGUCAGAGGACGAGCUACAGAUUGACGAGACACCUCCUCCACGACGCAAGGCUGGGGGAUCCAGCAAGAAGAAACUUAGUGGUCUUCCUAGGAAGCUGCCGAGGGCCAAGCCAUGCUCUGACCCCCAUCGCAUCAGAGAACCAGGAGAGGUGGACUUUGACAUUGAGGAGGACUACACCACAGAUGAGGAGGAGACCAUGACUGUCCAUGGCGUGAAGGGUGGAGCAGGAGGAAUCCUGGACCUGCUGAAAGCCAGCAAACAGGUGGCAGGGCUGGACUCUGCACUCAGUGAGGAAGCCCCAGCCUCUCCCAGCACGCGAGAUGCCAUCCAGGGCAUGCUCUCCAUGGCCAACCCUCCAUCCUCUUCCUCCUCCUCCUCUUCCUCCUCUUCCUCCCCUCGGUCUGUCUCUGGAGGGCUUUCUGAGGGCCUGGGCAUGGUCAAAGAGAAAGGAGGGCGGGCCGUGUGGGUGACAGGAGCCAAUAAGAGCAGAGGGGGAGGAGCCUCCAAAGAGAAGACAACGUUCCAACGCCCUGGGAAGCGGCCUGUCAAGCGGCCGGCCCGUCACCUUAGCGACGAGGACAGCCCAGACGAGCAGGAAACUCUGGGCACCUGUUUUAAAGACGCCGAGUAUGUCUAUCCGUCCUUAGAGUCUGAUGAGGAGGACCACGCCAACAAGGCCAAGAUGAAGAGGAAGAAAAACUGGGACGACACUCCUUGGAGCCCCAAAGCCCGGGUAACCCCCACCCUGCCAAAACAGGAGCGCCCAGUGAGGGAGGGGGCCAGAGUGGCGUCUGUAGAGACUGGCCUUGCUGCAGCUGCUGCCAAACUGGCACAACAGGAGAUCCAGAAACCCACCAAGAGGAAGUACACCAAAAAGCCCCGCCCCGUUGCCCCACCACAGCCACCUCCUCGGGCCGAGCCGUCCCCUCCCUCCCCCCCUCUAGCCCCGGAGCCUCCCACCCCUGACUUAAGCCCUGAGCAGAGGGUGGAGUGCUACUCUGCCAGCCUACUGGACCAUGAGUACACGGCAGGCCCUGGGGGCCCCAGAGGGAGUGCGGCUAUGGCUCCUGGGGUGUUCCUCACCUCCAGACGACCCUCCCUCUCCCCCCAGAACAGCAGCACUUACUCCCCCUCUACAGCCUCCCCCGCUGGGCUAGCUAGCCCCGGCAGCGCUGGAGCUGGUGGAGGGAAACGUCCAAAGAAAGGACUUGCAACAGCAAAACAGAGACUAGGAAAGAUUCUGAAAAUACACCGCAAUGGGAAGCUUCUCCUGUGAGAGGUGCUUCGGGAGAUAUGGAUGGAUGGAGGACAGAUGGAUGUAAAUUAAAGAGGACCUGAAAGACAUGACUGCUUUAAGAGAAACUGUUUAUAUUUUUUAAUCUAUAAUUCAAUUUUUUUUCAUCUGGUAUCUUCACCUGCACCUGUCAUUCACUCAUGUUCUCACUCUAUACCACUUUCCAGUCCUUAAUAAUUCAGAAUUGAUUGAAUCUAUAUAGCUGUUUUGUAGCGCUGAAAUAGUCAGCAUUCUACUUUGGUACUCUGCUUUCACAUUUGGUAUUAUUUAUACUUUGAUAUGAAAAAAUAUAUAUACACACACACUACCGUUCAAAAGUUUGGAGUCACUUAGAAAUGUCCCUGUUUUUGAAAGAAAAGCAUAUAUUUUUUGUCCAUUAAAAUAACAACAAAUUAAUCAGAAAUACAGUGUAGACAUUGUUAAUGUUGUAAAUGACUAUUGUUGCUGGAAAUGGCUGAUUUAAAAAAUAUAUAUAUACAUAGCCAUUAUCAGCAACCAUGACUGCUGUGUUCCAAUGGCACAUUGUGUUAGCUAAUCCAAGUUUAAAGGCCUAAUUGAUCAUUAGAAUCAAAUCAAAUCAAAUCAAAUUUAUUUAUAUAGCCCUUCGUACAUCAGCUGAUAUCUCAAAGUGCUGUACAGAAACCCAGCCUAAAACCCCAAACAGCAAGCAAUGCAGGUGGAGAAGCACCCUUUUAGAAAACCCUUUUUGCAAUUAUGUUAGCACAGAUAAAAAAUGUUCUGAUUAAAGAUGCAAUACAACUGGCCUUCUUUAGACUAGUUGAGAUCAGUAGUUUGAGAAACUGAUGCCUCACAAGUCCUCCACUGGCAGCUUCUUUAAAUAGUACCCGCAAAACACUAGUCUCAAUGUCAACAGUGAAGAGGCGACUCCAGGAUGCUGGUCUUCUAGGCAGAGUUGAAAAGAAAAAGCCAUAUCUCAGACUGGCCAAUAAAAAGAUAAAGAUGGGCAAAAGAACAGACACUGGACAGAGGAACUCUGCCUAGAAGGCCAGCAUCCCGGAGUUUCCUCUUGAGACUAGUGUUGGCGUUGAGACUAAUGUUUUGCGGGUACUAUACUGAAGCUGCCAGUUGAGGACUUGUGAGGCAUCUGUUUCUCAAACUAGACACUCUAAUGUCCUUGUCCUCUUGCUCAGUUGUGCACCGGGGCCUCCCACUCUUUCUAUUCUGGUUAAGCCCAGUUUGUGCUGUUCUUUGAAGGGAGUAGUACAUAGCGUUGUUAGGGAUCUUCAGUUUCUUAGCAAUUUCACGCAUGGAAUAGCCUUCAUUUCUCAGAACAAGAAUAGAGUUUCAGAAGAAAGUUAUUUUUUCCUGGCCAUUUUGAGCCUGUAAUUGAACCCACAAAUGCUGAUACUCCAGAUACUCAACUAGUCUAAAGGCUAGUUUUCUUGCUUCUUGAAUCAGUUUUCAGCUGUGCUAACAUAAUUGCAAAAGGGUUUUCUAAUGAUCAAUUAGCCUUUUAAAAUGGUAAACUUGGAAUAGCUGAUAAUGGGCCUCUGUACGCCUAUGUAGAUAUUCCAUUAAAAAUCAGCCGUUUCAAGCUACAACAGUCAUUUACAACAUUAACAAUGUCUACACUGUAUUUCUGAUCAAUUUGAAGUUAUUUUAACGGACAAAAAAAUAUAUAUUCUAAGUCACCCCAAACUUUUGAACGGUAGUGUAUAUAUUGAGGAGCAUGUAAGCAUUUAGUUGGUCAUGCAUCGCUCAGAUCAAUUGAACAUGUAUCGAUCAAUUAAUUGCUAUAUGAUCUAUCUAAUCAUUUAACCCAUUAAACUUACAUGCAAGAAGCAUGUAUUCAUCAAAUUGACAAUGAAAAAUGUCUGAAAUAAUUCGUAGUUGAUGAUUUAUAGUAAAACAACCCAUGAUAUGACCCAUUCUUCAUUUGACAUGGGUCUCUCUAUGUGGGUGAGUCAAAAGGGGUGAAGGUUUUAAAUGGAUAAAUAAAAUAUAAGUUUAUUUCUAGACAAUUCAGCCAAAUUGGAUUUUUAGAAAUUAUUUAAUCCGUUUGAGAUUAACUCAUGUUGUUUUGGAUGAUUUAGCUUUUUACAUGUAUUAUGUGCUAGUAGGCUUGCCUCCCAUUCACCCCUUUACAGUUGUGUUCACAUCUCUGUUCUCACCUCACUUUCGACUAGUUUACUUUUUUAUUUCUACAAACUUAGGUUAUUACUUUUAUUCACCACCCAGGUGUUUAUUUUUCCCAUGUAGAUAGCAACCAAACCUUUUAGAAAGGGGAUCUCUUCACCAGAAUUUAUGUAGAUAUUUUCAAAGAAAUGAUCGGUGUGCUAAUGACCCCAAGAAAUAAUUAACUUGUGUUUUUGAUUGUAUUCAUUUAACUUAGCCUGGGUACCAGUCUGUGUGCCAUCAUGUCACUCCUUGUCGUAGCAUGUCACAUACUGGUACCCAAGCUACAUUUAACUCACUUCUGGAUGAAGUUCUGUGUUUUUAGAUGUGUAUAUUUUGGAAUUUAUAUAGCCACCCAGUCAAAACAGUACUGUCAUGAUAUGAAGAAUCUGGUUCCUAAUCAUUUUCAAAUCCACCAUGGUUUGUAUUCAAGUCUUUGGUAGUAUAGACUUGAGCCAGCAGUUGUAGGAUGUGUCCCAAAUGGAGCCCUAUUCUGUAGUGCACUACUUUUGAACAGGACCCAAUGCAUUCUGGUUAAAAGUAGCAUACUAUUUGGAAAUGUGGUGCCGUUUGUGACGUAGAUGUAAAAAUGAUGUGUUUUAUUUAAGGAAUGUGCUACACAUAUAGACACAGUUGUAGUGUUCUGUAAGGAUAUUGAAGUCGGGAAGCAGAGAUUUGAUAAUGAUUCUGAUAUGUACAUCGUUGUAAUUUUGUUUUUAUAUAGUUCAAAGGAGAAGUCUUUUUGUUGUUAUUGCUUAACAUACCUUGUAUAAAAUACAUGUCAUUUGGAAAAAUGUU